AUGACGACGAAGGAGGAGGGUCCCGGAGCAGAGGUGUCCGUCUCCAUCUCCAGGGACGAAGAGAUGCCCCUCCCCCGCCGUGGCUCCUCCCUCGAGGAAGAGGAGGAGGAGAAAGAGCGGCGGAUUGAGCGGAGGAUGGAGGGAUCGAUCCUAGAAGAACAAGUGAUGGAAGAAGAGGAGGAGUGCAACGGUGACAAUAAUGAUGAUGUGAGCAGUGACAUCAGCACCCUAAUAGUUCCGUAUCCUGAGCUGGCUCCUGUCAUCUUCUUCUGUCUCAAGCAGACCACGUUCCCCAGGAGCUGCAGGAUGGUAGAAUACUCCUUGGACCUCCAGAACAUCAACCUCUCAGCCAUCAGGACAGUCAGGGUCCUCAGACCCCUCAAAGCCAUCAACAGAGUUCCAAGUAUGCGUAUCCUGGUGAAUCUCCUCCUGGACACUCUCCCCAUGCUUGGGAACGUCCUGCUACUCUGUUUCUUUCGUCUUCUUCAUCUUCGGCGUCAUCGGAGUGCAGCUGUGGGCGGGGCUACUGAGGAACCGCUGCUACCCAAGGAAAACUUCACCCUUUCUAAGGACAUCUCACUGCCACGCCCUUACUACAUGGCAGACGAGGAUGAUGAGCGACCCUUCAUCUGCUCUCUCGCCCAGGACAACGGCAUCAUGGCGUGCACCGACGUCCCGGCCCGCCGAGAACUAGGACGUACCUGCUGCCUGGACAAGGACGAUGUGACACACAGACAGGGUUUGGGGCUGAGUCCUGAACCCCUGGUUAACGGGUCAGUGAGUGGGCCUGGACUGUGUGUCAACUGGAACCAGUAUUACACACGCUGUCACACGGGCCACAGCAACCCACAUAAAGGAGCCAUCAACUUCGACAAUAUCGCCUACGCUUGGAUCGUCAUCUUUCAGGUGAUCACCCUGGAAGGCUGGGUAGAGAUCAUGUACUAUGUAAUGGAUGCUCACUCCUUCUACAACUUCAUCUACUUUAUACUGCUCAUCAUCGGUUUGGGGCUGAGUCCUGAACCCCUGGUUAACGGGUCAGUGAGUGGGCCUGGACUGUGUGUCAACUGGAACCAGUAUUACACACGCUGUCACACGGGCCACAGCAACCCACAUAAAGGAGCCAUCAACUUCGACAAUAUCGCCUACGCUUGGAUCGUCAUCUUUCAGGUGAUCACCCUGGAAGGCUGGGUAGAGAUCAUGUACUAUGUAAUGGAUGCUCACUCCUUCUACAACUUCAUCUACUUUAUACUGCUCAUCAUCAUUGGUUCUUUCUUCAUGAUCAACCUGUGCCUGGUGGUGAUCGCCACCCAGUUCAGUGAGACCAAGCAACGGGAGCACCAGCUGAUGCAGGAGCAGAGAGCCCAGGCCCACUCUUCCUCUACUCUAGCCAGCAUGACUGAGCCCUCGGCAGGCUGCUAUGAGUCCGUCUUCCAGCUGGUCUGCCACGUCCUCCGCAAGGCCCGCAGGAGGUCCAUGGCGCUCUGUAACAGACUGUUGGGGAGGCCCAAGGAGGUGAAAGGAGCAGGGAGAAGAGGAGGAGGAGAGAAGACGAAUGUGAAUGGAGGAGGAAGAGGAGUAGGUGGAGAGAGGAGAGGGCAGCACAGACAGGCGGUCCACUGUCCCCACCACACCAAGCCGCAACACCAAGCCUCCCCAGGAGACUCCAUCUCCCUCACCCUCUCCCCUGCCACCGACGGCUGCCCUCAUUGCACCGUCGCCCUGUCAAUCAGCGACGGGGCGGGACCUGCCGACAGCCUGGUCAAUUUGGAGGUGGAGGAAGGAGCUUUGGAGAAGACGGAAGGGGAGGGCAGCAAAUGCGAUGCCGGGAAGGAGGAUGAGAAAGACGCGGCUCCCGCUAGAGUUUCUGGGGGAUGUAGGCGGGGGUGUGGGAAGCUGUGGGAGGAGACGAGGUUGAAGUUGUUGGGGAUCGUGGAGAGCAAGUAUUUCAAUAGAGGAAUUAUGAUCGCUAUCCUCAUCAAUACCAUCAGUAUGGGCAUCGAACACCACAACCAGCCUGAGGAACUAACCAACGUGUUGGAGAUCUGUAACAUAGUGUUCACUAGUAUGUUUGCCAUGGAGAUGAUUCUGAAGAUAACAGCGUCCGGAUGUUUCAACUAUCUGAGAAACCCCUACAAUGUGUUCGACGGUGUCAUCGUCAUUAUCAGUGUGUGUGAGAUCAUCGGCCAGUCUGACGGAGGUCUGUCCAUAUUGAGGACCUUCAGACUCCUUCGUGUCCUGAAGCUAGUCAGGUUCAUGCCGGCGCUGCGCAGACAGCUCGUGGUCCUGAUGAAGACAAUGGACAAUGUGGCCACCUUCUGUAUGCUGUUGAUGCUGUUCAUCUUUAUAUUCAGUAUCUUGGGGAUGCAUAUCUUUGGCUGCAAGUUCAGCCUGAAGACAGAGGCAGGAGACACUGUUCCAGACAGGAAGAACUUUGACUCUCUACUCUGGGCCAUCGUCACUGUGUUUCAGAUCCUCACCCAGGAAGACUGGAACACGGUGCUGUAUAAUGGAAUGGCUGCCACCUCUCCUCUAGCUGCUCUGUACUUCGUAGCUCUUAUGACGUUUGGGAACUACGUCCUCUUCAACCUUCUGGUGGCCAUCUUGGUAGAGGGAUUUCAGGCUGAGGGAGAUGCUAAUCGCUCCUAUUCAGAGGAUGACAGUUCCCCCUCUAACUUUGACGAGAGUGAGAAGCUUAAUGAUUCUCUCAAACUGUCUGAUCCUAAGAUCUGCACUUUGACCCCUAACGGGCACCUGGAGUUGACCACGUUGACCCCGGUGAUGACCCCCAGGGGGUCGUACCCCACUGACAGGCUGACCUAUGCCCUGGGGUCACGGAAGAGCAGCGUUAUGAGUCUGGGCAAGGCCAACCUGGAGCAGAGGAGAUCAUUCUCUCUGCACCACGGCCGCAGUUCCCUGCGCCACCAUUGGGGUCGCCCUCCCCCUCCUCAGAGUGCAUGGAACCGCAGGUCCAGCUGGAACAGCCUGGGUUGUCCCUCCCGGGGGGUAGGGGGGAUGGGAGCAGGUGUGGUGGGAGGAAGCCUCCGUGUCCGAAGCCCCCACUCCCACAUCCACUCCCUUUACCACUCAGCCGAACACGAGUUCCUCCUCUCCCCCGCUCUCCGCCUCCCCCCUCACCACGCUCCCCCUCUCCCCCUCCUCUCCCGACGCAAUGCCAUCCGGCACCGGGACCGCCGCGCUCUCUCCCUGGAGCUGCCAAACAUGCUCCAGGUCCCCGGGGGACCUCCGUCUCACCCCAACACCAGGAUGAGGAGUGUUUCUGGGGGAGGGAGCAGCGGCAGUGGGGGUAUGGUGGUGGAGCACCAUGAUUGUAAUGGGAAGGCUCCUAGUCCUACUGGUGUUAUGGGUCCCCAGACUGCCCAACUCCUAACGGAGGUCUUCCCUCAGCUGAACCUGGCCAAGGACAGAUCGGACCUGGAUGAGGAGAUAGACUAUAGUCUGUGUUUCCGUAUCCAGAAGAUGAUGGAGGUGUACAGGCCUGACUGGUGUGAGAAACGAGAGGACUGGUCUGUCUACCUCUUCUCACCACAGAACAAGUGGUGUCUAAGGGUGGUCUCUAAGGGUCUGUACCUGGGUGAGAAGGCCUAUCUGAAAAGCAGCUGGAACGUUCUGGAUGGUUUCCUGGUCUUCGUGUCGUUGAUUGACAUUGUUGUGUCCAUGGCGGGCGGGGCUAAGAUCCUGGGGGUGCUGAGAGUGCUCAGGCUGCUCAGGACACUACGCCCUCUCAGGGUGAUCAGUAGAGCUCCAGGCCUGAAGCUAGUGGUAGAGACUCUCAUCACAUCUCUGAAGCCUAUAGGAAACAUCGUCCUCAUCUGCUGUGCUUUCUUUAUCAUCUUCGGCAUCCUGGGUGUGCAGCUGUUCAAGGGGAAGUUUUACUACUGCCUGGGUCUAGAGGUGAAGAACAUCACCAACAAGUCUGACUGUCUCCAGGCUAACUACAGAUGGGUUCACCACAAAUACAACUUUGAUAACCUGGGACAGGCUCUGAUGUCUCUGUUUGUGCUGGCAUCUAAAGACGGCUGGGUCAACAUCAUGUACCAUGGUCUGGAUGCUGUGGGCAUAGACCAACAGCCGUCUAUUAACAACAAUCCGUGGAUGCUCCUGUACUUCAUUUCCUUCCUCCUCAUCGUCAGUUUCUUCGUCCUCAACAUGUUCGUGGGUGUGGUGGUGGAGAACUUCCACAAGUGCCGACAGAACCAGGAAGUGGAGGAGGCCAAAAGGAGGGAGGAGAAACGACAGAGACGCAUGGAGAAGAAGAGGAGGAAGGCCCAGAAGCUACCCUACUAUACCAACUAUAGUCAUGGUCGUCUGAUGAUCCACACUCUGUGUACCAGCCACUACCUGGACCUCUUCAUCACCUUCAUCAUCUGUAUCAAUGUCAUUACUAUGUCCCUGGAGCACUACAGCCAACCACAGUCAUUGGAGACGAGUCUGAAGUAUUGUAACUAUUUCUUCACCACAACCUUCGUGGUGGAAUCUGUCCUCAAACUCAUCGGCUUCGGGUUCCGACGCUUCUUCAAGGACAGGUGGAAUCAGCUGGACCUGUCCAUAGUGUUGUUGUCAGUGAUGGGCAUCAUUCUGGAGGAGAUUGACUACAAUGCUUCUCUACCCAUCAACCCGACCAUCAUCAGAAUCAUGAGGGUGCUGCGGAUAGCACGAGUUCUCAAGCUAUUGAAGAUGGCUACAGGAAUGAGAGCUCUUCUAGACACAGUGGUUCAGGCUCUACCUCAGGUGGGGAACCUGGGCCUGCUGUUUAUGUUGCUGUUCUUCAUCUACGCUGCUCUGGGGGUGGAACUGUUUGGAGAGCUGGUGUGUAAUGCUGACUACCCGUGUGAGGGCAUGAGUCGGCACGCCACCUUCGAGAACUUUGGCAUGGCCUUUCUCACCCUCUUCCAGGUCUCCACCGGAGACAACUGGAACGGCAUCAUGAAGGACACCCUGCGUGAGUGCCCUCCAGGACCCAGUGACUACCCGUGCCACGCUGGACUCCAGUUCAUCUCUCCCAUGUACUUUGUCUCCUUCGUCCUCACCGCCCCAGUUCGUACUCAUCAACGUGGUGGUGGCUGUGCUCAUGAAGCACCUGGACGACUCAAACAAAGAGGCCCAGGAGGAUGCUGAGAUGGAUGCUGAGAUUGAGCUGGAGCUAGCCCAGGGACAACUCCAACUACCCACCUGCUGCAUGGGGGGGCUGGGCACUGGGCUGGUCGUGGCUGGGGCCUCUGGAGCGCCUGGUGGAGGUGGAGGGUUGGAAGGAGGGACCAGGCAGGGUCAGGGGGUAGGGCUGAUGACAGGGGCCGUAGUGGAUCACAGUGGCGUGACCCCUCCCCAUAGAGGAGGAGAAAGACACGAGGGACACAGACGGCAUCACAGGCGGAAGCUGUACUCACCUGCACAGGUUU